AUGAAGGAAGACAUAGAGUGUUCACAGGAUGUUGUUGAGAAGGCUGCAAAAUCCAGCAGAGGAAACAAUGAAAAGGGUGAAAAUGGCAGGGAGCGAGAAAGAGCUGUGCAUGGUUAUGUUAUGAUCAGGUCUUUUCUAAGAGAGACAUUAAUUCGAACAAAGGGCUCUAGAAACUCUAAUACGAAAGAGGCAAUUCAAGAUGGCCAUAAGGUCAGUAAGUUGUACAUUGUUGCAGAAAGAAUGAAGAAGGAUGAAGGAGCAGGAAAAUGUGGAUCAUAUACUGCAAUAAGAAAAGUCUUCUCACCUGACGAACACAAUUACUACCAUAUUUGCAUACUUCAGGAUUCACGACCAAAUCUAGUGCAUAAAAUAGAGGGAAUAACAAAUUAUAGAAGAGAACCGUCAAAAAAUGAAGGCGAUCAGAGUGGUGAUCUAUGUUCAGGUCCAAGAGCUGACUAA